AUGGCAGAGGCUGUGCGACCCGAGGACUACUGCGACGAGGUGUUGGAGGACGAAUUCGGCGAGAUCAUCAAGUGUCGCUCUGAUGAACGAGAAGAUGUGCAGAAGAAGACUUUCACAAAAUGGGUCAACUCACAGUUAUCUAAGACAGGGAAACCACCUGUGGAAGAUCUUUUCUCAGACCUGUGUGAUGGACGACGCUUGUUGGAACUGUUGCAGGGUCUAGCAGGAAAUGAGCAGGUGAGGCUGGAAAAGGGCACCUCACGCGUCCACUCGCUCAACAAUGUCAACCGAGCUCUCCAAAUCCUGCAGAAGAACAAUGUUGAGUUGGUGAACAUUGGCGCGACGGACAUUGUUGAUGGCAAUCACAAACUCAUUCUUGGCCUCAUCUGGAGCAUCAUUCUCCAUUGGCAGGUAAAGGAUGUGAUGAAGGAGGUAAUGGCUGGCCUACAGCAGACAAACAGUGAAAAGAUUCUGCUGAGCUGGGUUCGUCAGAACACAAGCCAGUACCCGCAGGUCAAUGUGGUGAACUUCUCCAGUAGCUGGAAUGAUGGGCUGGCAUUCAAUGCUCUCAUCCACAGCCACAGACCGGAACUAUUUGAUUGGAGUUCUGUGGAGGCCAAGGUGUCAGCGACUGACAAAUUGGAACAUGCUUUUAGUAAGGCAGAGCAACAUUUGGGCAUCGACAGACUCCUCGACCCAGAAGAUGUGGCAGUGCCCCAUCCUGACAAGAAGAGCAUCAUCCUGUACGUGACGUCGCUCUUCCAGGUGCUUCCACAGAGCAUUACCAUGGAAGCCAUCCAGGAAGUUGAGACGCUUCCGCGGCCAGCUAGUGCUGCCAGCACAUCUCAUGUUCUGACUGGGGAACACUAUCAAAUCCAGACCCAGCAGCGCUUCUCCCAGCAGAUCACGGUGAGUGUGGCUCAGGGCCGAGUACAGAGUCCCUCUCCUCAGCCUCGCUAUAAAAGCUAUGCCUACACCCAGGCGGCCUAUGUCACAUCUCCUGAGCAAAAGAGGAGGCGCUUUACUGAUCAGUUUCUGAGUCCCAGCCAAGAGGAGCUGCAGCGAGGUCUCAGUCCUUUGCCCCCCGGCUCCACCAGUCUGGAGGGUUACCAAGCGGCUCUGGAGGAGGUUCUGACAUGGCUGCUAUCAGCUGAAGAUGGGCUCCAGUCCCAGCCCGCCAUCUCAAACAAUGUGGAGGAGGUCAAGGAGCAGUUCCACACACAUGAGGGCUACAUGGUAGAGCUCACUGCGCAUCAGGGCAACGUGGGGCGUGUUCUCCGGGCUGGCGCUACCCUACUGGCUGAGGGGAACCUGAGCGAGGAGGAGGACACCGAAGUGAGGGAGCAGAUGAACCUGUUGAACUCUCGAUGGGAGCACCUCAGGGUGGCCAGCAUGGAGAGACAAAGCAGACUCCACCAUGUUCUAAUGGAUCUGCAGCACAAGCAGCUGCAACAGCUCACAGACUGGUUGGACGUAACAGAGGCACGGAUAAAGCAAAUGGAGGCUCGGCCGCUUGGUCCUGACUUGGAGGACGUUAAGCACCAAGUGGAAGAGCACAAGCUCUUGCAGGAGGACCUGGAGCAGGAGCAGGUGCGGGUCAACUCACUAACUCACAUGGUUGUUGUGGUAGACGAGAGCAGAGGGGACAGUGCUACUGCCGCUUUGGAGAGUAAACUUCAGGUACUCGGUGACCGCUGGGCAGCCAUCUGUAGAUGGACAGAAGAACGCUGGCUUCUGCUGCAAGAAAUUUUAUUGAAAUGGCAACGCUUCACCAAUGAACAAUCUUUAUUUGACUCAUGGCUGACUCAAAAGGAAGAGCUGGUUCGCACAAUCAAGACCCCCAAUGUAAAGGACAAUGUCGCUACAGGAGCCUGCCUCCGCCAACUUGCUGUGGUAGAGUCAGAGCUGGACAUGAUGCGGCCCACCAUGGAUAAGCUCUCCUCCAUGAGUCAGGACCUGCUGUCCAGUGUCAAGAACAAGGAGGUUGCCAGCAAACUCGGGGCCAGGCUGGAUAGUUUUGCUCAACGUUGGGAUCGACUGGUUCAAAGUCUUAAUCUCAUCAACUCCCAGCUCUCACCAGUCGUCACCACGACAGCCCUCCAACCUGAGCUGACCCACUCAGUCACGGCGACUGUUACCAAGGUGACAACGAGGGAGAGCGUAUCGGCACUCCGCCAAGCCCGAGAAUCACCACCACAGAAGAAGAGGCAGGUGGUCGUAGAUUCUGAACUCAGGAAAAGAUUUGAUGUUGACUUCACAGAGGUCCACAGCUACAUGACUCGCGGCGAGGCAAUCCUGCAGAGUCCUGAGUUUUCUGUUUCCCGCAAAGAUGGCAGCAUUCAGGAACUCUAUGACAAAGUGCAGCUGAUAGAACGUGAACGUCCAGAGAAGUACCGGAAGCUUCAAGAAGCAACCCGCACAGCACAGACCCUUGUUGAGCAAGAGGGGACGCGGGCUGAGGACAUCGCUCAGGCAGCCGAUCAACUGAACCAACGCUGGGUCGGGUUUUGUGCCCUGUUGGCAGACAGGCUGAUCUGGUUAGCCUACCAGACAAAGGUUCUAGCAUUCUACAGCUUGUACGAGCAGUGUGUGCAGGCAGUGGAAGUCAGUGAGAACUGGCUCAAGGUUCAGCUACCACCAUCACCAGAACCAGAGACACUUAAGUUGCAACUGGACCGAUGCAGAGAGGAAGUGGCCCGUCUGUCUUCCUUGCAACCGCAAGUGGAGCUCUUAGACAAACGUUUGAAGGAGCUAAAAGAGGAGAAAGAUGGGGAGGAGGACGCUUCAGCCUUUCUGGAUGCUGACAUCAAUGUGUUCAAAGAACACUACCACAAAGUUCUUGAGGAUCUGAGGGCCAGAGAGAGGCAGCUACAACUAAUUUUGGAGAGCUUGCCCCCAGCUCGUUAUAAGGAGACAAUUUCCACGCUGUUAGCGUGGUUACAGGAAUGUGAGGCCAAACUGGCUAUUCCAUCCACAGCUGUCACAGAGUAUCCUAUUAUGGAGCAGAGGCUGAAGGACAUGGAGGCACUCCAGGUGGCGUUGACCAGUCACCAAGGGCAAGUGGACUACCUGACAUCUGCUGUGGAGCAGGUCUUUCAGAAAGCUCCACCUGAAAUAUGCCAAAAGUAUCGUACUGAGAUGGACAACAUCAUGGCGCGCUGGAGACGACUUGGCACCAUGCUGACGGAUAACACCAAGACAAUCAAGGAGCUCAUGGCCAAACUUAUGCAAUUUGAGAAUGACGUGAAGACGUUAAAGAAGUGGAUGGCAGAUGUGGAUGUGUUCUUGAAUGAGGAAUGGCCAGCACUCGGAGACUCUGAAGCUCUGGAGAAACAACUAGAACAAUGCACGGCCUUAGUGAACGACAUCAACACUAUUCAGCCAAGCGUCAAUGGAAUCAACGAAGUGGGCCUUCAGCUGAAGAAGGACGCGGAGCCCCCUUUCGCCAUUCAUAUUCAGAAGGAACUGGAUGACCUCAAUGCCCAGUGGGAGCAUGUUUGCAAACAGGCUUAUGCUAAGAAGUCAGCUCUGAAAGGUGGCCUAGAUAAGACCAUGGCUCUAAGGAAGGAGAUGCAGGAGAUGCAGGAGUGGAUUAACCAGGCUGAGGAAGACUACCUGGAAAGAGAUUUCACUUACAAAACACCCGAAGAACUACGCAAAGCUGUGGAGGAACUCAAGAGGGCCCAGGAAGAGGUCCACUCCAAGGAGCUCAAGGUCAAACUCCUGACUGAUAGUGUGAAUAGUUUCAUCGCCAAGGCACCGCCUACUGCUCAUGAUGCCCUGCGUUCAGAGCUUGAUGUGCUGAAGGUCAACUAUCAGCGCCUGUGCAGCCGCCUGGACGGAAAAUGCAAAACUCUCGAGGAGGUUUGGGCUUGUUGGUGUGAGCUGCUGUCCUACCUGGAGCAGGAAAAUGCCUUCUUGGACCAGCUCGAGCACAAGCUUGAUCAAACUGAAAACCUUAAAGGUGGAGCAGAGGAGCUGCAGCAGGCGCUAGAUGAACUGGAGGCCCUCUUGCAACACCCUGAGGACAACAGAAACCAAAUACGGGAGCUGGCCCAGACUCUGAUGGAUGGUGGUGUUUUAGAUGAACUCAUUCAGCAAAAAUUGGACGCUUUUAACACACGAUGGGAUGAGCUUAUGGCAAGGGCGUCCCUGAGGCAAAAGGAGCUGGCCAAGAACCUCCAGUGGGCCCAGGAGAAUGAUAAGACACUAAAGGCCAUCCAGGAGUCACUGGCUAACACUGAGCGCCAUCUGAGGGCAUACUUGGCUGACAACAUUGAUGCUCAACAGAUACCACAGGAGGCUCAGAAAAUCCAGUCCGACUUGAGUGGCCAUGAUGCAACCUUGGAGGAGAUGAGAAGGAAGAAUCAAGAAAAGGAACCAUCCCAGAGGAUGACUGGACCUAUAGACCUUACGCAGAAAAUGCUGACAGAUGUUUGGACGAAGUUCCGGCUCUUCCAAAAGCCAGCAAACUUUGAAGCUCGCCUGGCUGAGUGUGAACGUAUUCUAGCCGGUGUCAAAGGUCAGGUGGGGAUGCUGGACAUUCGCAGCGUAGAGCAAGAUGUGGUGCAGUCUCUGCUGGAGCAGUGCAUGAAGUUGUACAAGGUGCUGAGCGAGGUGAAAGGAGAGGUGGAGACUGUGAUCAAAACAGGCAGGCAGAUUGUGCAGAGGCAACAGACUGAGCAUCCCAAAGAGCUGGACGAUCGUGUGACCGCACUCAAGCUGCUGUAUAACCAGCUCGGCGCUCAGAUAACAGAGAGUAAAUUGGAUCUGGAGAAAAUUCUGAAGCUAUCCAGGAAGCUACGCAAGGAGCUAAAUGGACUGACAGAGUGGCUCGCAGCUACUGAUGCUGAACUGACAAGGCGCUCUGCUGUAGACGGCAUGCCCAGUGACCUAGAGGCCGAGGUGGCGUGGGCGCAGUCCAUUCAUAGUGAGACUGAGAAACGCCAGCCACAGCUGCAGGCCGUGGUUGAACUAGCAGAAGCCCUCAAGGCGGUUCUUCAGGUACAUGGGAGUUUGGUAGAAGACAAAGUCAGCCUGCUCCACUGCAACUGGAUUGCUGUCACAUCCCGAGCGGAGGAAUGGCUAAACCUGCUGCUGGCCUACCAGCAGCAGAUGAGGAAGUUAGAUGGAGAGAUUGAGGAAGUGAACGGAUGGAUAGACGGAGCAAAUAAAAAGAUGGAUGAGAUCGACAACCAGGGACCAAAUGAUGCUGCACUAAAGGUGCUGCGUGCCGAGCUGGAGCUAAUGAGGAAGAAAAUGGAAGACUUAAAAACUUUGGCCAAUGAGCUCAUGUCAACCAGGGGAGAAAACUGCCAGGCGCAGGUUGGGCCGAAAGUGGAGCUCCUUACUCAGAAAUUUGACACUGUCGCACAACGCAUCGCUUCCGGACAGACUGCCGCAUCUGCCAAAGAACUGGAGCAGUAUCACCGUGAAGCUCAGAUCUGGUUGAAUCUUCUGGAAGAGGAAGUAAAACAAGGGGAGAACCUCAAGGAAGAGGAUUUCCAGGAAGACAAGGACUGCGAGGAAAGUGCAGUGAAGGAGUUAUUGUUGAGAGGAGAGAACCUGCAGAAAAGAGCGCCAGAUACCGACAAGAGAGAACAGAUCAAACUGAAACAAAAGCAACUUGGCAAUAAGUACAACGCUGUAAAGGACCUUCGCUUGCUCAGGAACAGGAAGGCACUGGCCAUUGCACCUCAGUGGUACCAGUAUAGAAGGAAGUCACAUGACCUGCUGGCCUGGCUAGACGAUAUCCAGCGCAGUGUGGAUCAGCUACCCGACCCUCCCGAGGGCGAGAGGGUCAAGGAAAUUUCCUCACAGAUGGCCCAGAAGAAGGAGGAGCUUAAGGAGUUGCAGGGUUUAGCCAAUCAGCUUUCAGAGGCUGGAGCCGCCAAUCUAGUGGAGCCCCGGCAGCUCCAGCUCAACACACGCUGGGUUGAGGUGGAGGGCAAACUCAAACCCUUUCAGAAACGAUAUGAUUAUCUGGAAGAGCUGCAUGCGCUGUUACGUUCCGUGGCUGAGGCAGACUUCAAACUCAACUCCCCAGAAUACUGGCCUGCAGCCUAUUACAACCUACCUGAGCAAGACCACUGCCUGAAGGAAGUGAAGGCAAUCAUCGAGAAACUGCACGGUCCAGUUGAGACAGCUCUGUCUCGCAGACAAGAAGUAGUAUCAGGUGCCCGACCUAUGGAGGGUCAGCGAAUCCACGAGAGUGCCAACCACCUAGGAAUCAACUGGGACAAACUUAACAGACUGCACAAAGAACGGCUGAUUCGCUGGCAGGAAUGCAACACCAAGUGGCACAAGUUUGCAGCUGACCAGAGAGCACUUGAGGAGUGGCUUCAUGAAGCUGAAGGUGCAAUCAAGCUGGCUGAGAAAGAGCCAGCAGCACAAAGGCAGCAUCUCCAGGCCCUGACAGAAGCCAUACCACAGCAGGAAGUGGUGUUGAACAGAGUGACCUCUGCAGGCGAGGAUAUCAGCCAGAUGAGUACACCAGAUGAUGCUUCCCGCCUCAGAGCACAACUCAAAUUCCUAAACGCUCGCUGGGCUCAUGUCUGCGAACAGCUCAAUGAGCGCAAGAGAAGAUCAGCAGAAGCGCACGCAACAGCAGCACAGCUACACGAGACAACAGCUUUGAUGCUAGGUUGGCUCGACAAGGCAGAGGGGGUUCUGGGCAUUCCCUUGCAGCCUGCUGAGUCUCAACACAUCAAAGAUACGCUGGGCAAAGUGCAGGCAUGUGUGGAGGAACUUCCCAGCAAGAAAGCAAUGGUGAUAGAUCUGAACACAAGACAAAUUCCUGCAGAUAAACAAAAAGACAUCAGGAUCAUCAACACUCGCUGGGAACAGGUCUCCAAAGCUCUCCCUGAACGCCAACUGGAGAUUGAGUGUCUGUUAAAGGAACUGGAAAGGCUUCAGGCUCAGUUGGACUAUCUUUCAGUCUGGGUAUCCAGAAGCAGAACUCAGCUCGAGCACAGUCCUGAUGAACCCCCGUCCGGUCUCAUCGAGGAAGUCCAAGUCAAGCAGCCCGAAGUUGAGGCAGUUCUACAGCGAGCAAAUCAGUUGUUCAGAGACAUUACUCCAAGCCAGUCCGAUAAGGCAAAGUAUAUCAAGAUGAGAGAAGACUGGACUGUCAUCAUGGAGUUGUUGCGGCAGUAUCAGGAAAGGAAAAAUCUCCUUGUGGCCAAGAAAGCCAGUGAAAUGCUCACGGGGAGUUCACAGGCCGAUUCUGCCGCCCUGGCACAGUUCAACAAGUCAUGGGCUGAACUGACUGACUGGUUGACCAUGCUAGACAACAUGGUGCAGAACAAGCGUGUUGUCGUAGCUGAUCUGGAUGACAUCAACGACAACAUUGGCCAGCUCAAGGCAUCCUUGCAGGAGCUAGAACAGCGACGCCCUCUGCUGGAGAGACAAAUCACCGCAGCUCAGAACCUAAAGAACAAAACCAGCAACCAGGACACACGAAAUGCAAUCACCGAGCGCAUUGACCGGCUUCAGACCCACUGGGAGGACUCCCUGGCCAAACUCUCAGCCAGAAACCAGGAGCUCCAUAACAUGCUGCAGGACUCUACAGAGUGGCUAAAUUCCAAACAGAGGGUAGAAGCUCUCAUCAAGCAGGCCAGCGAAAGGCUGGAAUCCUGGCAGGAGGUCACCUACACGGUUGAUGCUCUCACAAGGCAGAAUGCUGAACUCAAGGGCUUCGCGAGCGACCUCCGACAGUGGCAGGGUCAAGUGGAUGAAACCAAUGCGAUGGCCGACAAAUUGCUGACAAGUUACGCUCACGAUGACACGCACAAAGUUACCCAAAUUAAUGACAACAUGAUUGCAGUAUGGACACACAUCAACAAGCGUGUUUCAGACAGAGAGGCAGCUCUGGAAGGGGCUCUGAAGCAUUUGCAGCAGUUCUAUCUUGAUUUGGAUAAGUUCCUCAACUGGUUGACAGAGGCUGAGACAACAUGUAACGUUCUAAUAGACGCCACCAAUGAAGAGAAGCUGGCAGAGAAGCCUGAGGCGGUCCGGAAUCUUUUGGCACAGUGGAAGGACCUAGAGGUUGAGGUGGAUAGCCAUACAGAGCUAUACCAUUCACUUGAUGAGCAGGGCCAGAGGAUUCUGAGCUCACUGGGGGAUUCAGAGGAUGCUGCACUCCUCCACAGACGUUUGAACAACAUGAACCAGCGCUGGGAGGACUUGCGCAGCAAGACUCUCAGCAUGAGAGCUCACUUGGACUCGGAAAUGGCACCUUGGAAAAGGCUACAUAUGUCCCUGCAGGAGCUGCUCAACUGGUUGAGGCUGAAAGCUCAGCAGCUAGAGCGAGAGCCACCUGUCGGUGGUGACGUCCCUACUGUUCAAAACCAGUUGGACACCCACCGUGGCUUCAGGCGGGACGUAAGAGCCAAAGAGCCUGUUGUGACCAAGGCUCUUGAUGAUGUUGGUGUCUUCCUGUCUGAAUUGCCGCAAGAGCCAUCACCUGAGCGGCGGGACAUAGGUUCCAUGGAGCGUGCCCAGAAUGUUGGGCGACUCCUGCGCAAAGAAGCGAAUGACGUGAUGACCAAAUGGGAGCAGCUCAAUAGCAACUCUGCUGACUGGCAGAGAAGGCUCGAGCUUGCUCUGAAGCGACUGAUGGAGCUCCUUGAGGCUGAAGAUCUUGUGGAUGGGCAGCUGAGGCAGGCAGAGAUGGUGAAAAAUGCUUGGGAGCCUGUUGGCGACCUUCUAAUUGACUCCCUACCUGAGCACAUCCAAAGAGUCAAGGAGUUUCAGGAAGAGAUUGCUCCCAUUGAGGAAGAUGUGACACACAUGAACCAAUUGGCAUCCACUUUCAGUCUGCCUGAACUCCAGCUGUCGCCCAGCAACCUGGAACGCAUUGAAGAGCUCAACAGACGCUGGAAAUUGUUGCAGGUCUCAGUCAAUGACCAUCUAAAGCAACUGAUGGAUGCACACAAAGACUUUGGCCUCCUUCAUGGAUCUGUUGACAGCCCCUUCGAGCAGAGUACCUCUCCAAACAACGUGCCCUACUACAUUAACCACCAGACCCAAACAACAUGCUGGGACCAUCCGAAGAUGACGGAGCUCUAUCAAUCAUUGGCUGACCUGAACAACGUUCGAUUCUCAGCCUACCGAACAGCCAUGAAACUCAGACGCCUACAGAAAGCUUUGUGCUUGGACUUACUGAACAUGCCGAUGGCGUGUGAAGUGUUUGACCAGCAUAGCCUGAAGCAGAAUGAGCAGCUGCUUGACAUCUCCCAGCUGGUAGCCUGUCUGACCAGCCUAUAUCAGCGGCUGGAGCAAAGUCAUGCACACCUGGUCAGUGUCCCUCUGUGCGUCGACAUGUGUCUCAACUGGCUACUCAACGUCUAUGACACUGGUCGCAGCGGAAAGAUUCGUACCUUAUCCUUCAAAACUGGAAUCAUCUCACUUUGCAAAGCGCACCUGGAGGAUAAAUACAGAUUCUUGUUUAGGCAGGUUGCAAGCGCGACCGGUUUCUGUGACCAGCGUCGUCUCGGUCUUCUUCUCCACGACUCGAUCCAGAUCCCACGGCAACUUGGAGAGGUGGCUUCAUUCGGUGGUUCCAACAUCGAGCCCUCUGUGCGAAGCUGCUUCCAGUUUGCCAACAACAAGCCAGAACUAGAAGCUGCCAUGUUCCUGGACUGGAUGCGUCUAGAACCUCAGUCCAUGGUGUGGCUGCCCGUGCUGCACCGUGUGGCUGCCGCUGAAACCGCCAAACACCAGGCCAAGUGUAACAUCUGCAAGGAGUGUCCCAUUAUUGGCUUCAGAUACCGAAGUCUGAAACAUUUCAACUAUGACAUUUGCCAAAGCUGCUUCUUCUCCGGUCGCGUUGCCAAGGGACACAAGAUGCAGUACCCUAUGGUGGAGUACUGCACCCCGACUACUUCCGGUGAGGAUGUCAGGGAUUUCGCUAAAGUGCUGAAGAACAAAUUCAGGACGAAACGCUACUUUACCAAACACCCACGCAUGGGCUACCUACCCGUUCAAACCAUCCUGGAAGGUGACAACAUGGAAACGUAA